AUGCAGGGAAAGUCCAUUCUGCGUGAACUUAUGGCAGAGAAUGGAGACUGGGAUGCACCAUUGCCCUCAGAAAUGGAAGAGUCCUGGACCCUGUGGAAAGACUCACUUAAAGAACUGUCCAACUUGACCAUUCCCAGAGCAUACGCAGAAAUUUCUCCCUCAACAACUACAAAAAAAGAGUUGUUGGUAUUUUCGGACGCAUCUACUAAGGCUAUAGCUGCAGUGGCCUAUUUAAGAGUAACAGAUGCAGCUAGGAACUGUGAAGUAGGCUUUGUUUUAGGUAAGGCAAAGUUAGCACCACGCCCAGAUCAGACCAUACCAAGAUUAGAGCUUAGUGCUGCUGUGUUAGCAGUUGAGCUUGCAGAUCUUCUCACUGACGAAUUAGGCUUUGAAAUAGACUACACUGCAUUCUAUACAGACAGUAAAGUAGUUCUAGGUUAUAUCCACAACGAGACAAGAAGAUUUUAUGUCUACGUGGCUAACCGUGUUACGAGAAUCCGCAAAUCUUCUCAACCAAGCCAAUGGCAUUACGUACCGAGCAGCCAGAACCCAGCAGAUCACGCCACACGUUCUGUUCCUGCUUACCAGCUACCCCUUAGUAACUGGCUCACUGGCCCUGACUUCAUGCUCCAAGAUCAAAGUCCCUCAAAUGACUCUUUUGAACUUGUUGAACCUUGCACAGACUCUGAUGUCAGACCACAGGUGUCUACACUCAAAACCACAAUCUCAACCAAACAACUUGGCUCUGACAGAUUCAACAAGUUUUCGACAUGGAAGUCUCUCAAGCGUGCUGUUUCGAGACUACUACACGUCAUACAUAACUUCAAAUCACUGCCAAGCAAAAUCAAUCACUGCCGUGGUUGGCACUACUGUGAGACAGGACUCACUGUAGACGAGUCAAACCAAGCCCAAAACAUAAUCAUUCAAGCAGUACAACAGGAUGUGUAUGCCAAGGAAUUGAAGUGUGUGCAAAAACACGAUAAACUACCCCGAACCAGUCCUCUCAUGAACCUAGACCCCUACCUGGAUGAAAAUGGACUUCUUAGAGUAGGAGGUCGCAUCUGUGAUUCAAACUUGACCCCAGGUGAAAAGAACCCACUCAUAGUUCCUGGCCAACACCAUAUUGCAGCUCUUCUCAUUAAGCACUACCACGAGCAGACCCGACACCAAGGUCGCCUUUUCACAGAAGGAGCUGUUCGCUCUGCAGGAUGGUGGAUUGUAGGUGGCAAGAGAAAGGUGAGCACAAUCAUCUAUCAUUGUGUAACCUGCAAAAGACUUCGUGCCCCUAUGAGUACACAAAAAAUGUCGAACCUCCCUCCAGACCGUCUUACAACGGACCCCCCAUUCACUAAUGUGGGCUUAGAUGUUUUUGGCCCAUGGUUUGUGUCUUCACAGCGCACAAGAGGAAGUAUCAUCCAAAAUAAAAGGUGGGCUGUCUUAUUCACAUGCUUGAGUAUUAGAGCAGUUCACAUUGAGGUGAUAGAGUCUCUCGAUACCUCUAGCUUUGUUAAUGCAUUCAGACGGUUUCUGGCAGUAAGAGGACCUGUAAAAAGCGUUCGUUUUGAUAGAGGUACCAAUUUUGUCAGCGCAUGUAAAGAACUGAAGAUCCCCUCAAAUUUAGACAACACAGCUGUACAAACCUACCUUAAAGAUCACGGAUGUACAUGGACUUUUAACCCUCCACACGCUUCCCACUUUGGCGGGUCAUGGGAAAGAAUGAUUGGACUUGCCCGGAAAAUAUUGGACACAAUGUUUUUCCAGCUCAAGACCACUAAACUCACUCACGAAGUUCUUGUCACCUUCAUGGCAGAAGUUGCGGCUAUUAUAAACGCAAGACCCCUUGUCCCUGUUUCAUCGGACCCAAGUGACCCUUUCACUUUGACUCCGGCCACUCUUAUAACCCAAAAGGUAACCCCUCUUAAGGCUCCAGUUGGCAACUUUACAGCGUCAGACCUCUACAAACACCAGUGGCGCCAAGUCCAGCACCUGUCAAACACCUUCUGGGACAGGUGGAAGAAGGAGUUCCUUCCCACUCUCCAACCACGUCGCAAGUGGCAUUCUAGCCAGCUUAACGUGAGCGUAGGUUCGGUCGUUAUACUCAAAGACAGCCAAAUUCCCCGAAAUGAAUGGCCUCUUGCACGUGUAACUCAGGUGUUCCCAAGUAAAGAUGGCAAAGUCCGUUCAGUAGAGCUAAGGGUAGUCAGGUCAGAUGAUACAAAGGUAUUGACCAGACCCAUCUCAGAAAUUGUACCUUUGAUUAUUUCAUGAGAGGUAUUUGUUUUUUCCAGUUAUUUUUGUGGCGUUUAUCCACGCCAAGCGGGGAGUGUUCUGUUUCAACUAAAAGUUGUAAACUCUUGUUGUUGAAAUGUGUUGUGCUUAAAUAAGCUUGUUAUGUAAUUAACAUUAUUACAUGUGUAUUUGUCGCCAUCAUGUGGUCAUGGCAGUUAAUACAUCUUUGAGAAGUGUGUAUUUUGAAUCAAACUUUAUUGACCGGAAGUUACAUAAGCCAAGCAGAGAAAUCUCCGGUUCCAGCACGUACUUUAUGGUGGUUAUUUUCGAAGAAAAACUGCAUAUAUCCUUUGUUUAAGGUUGCAUCGCCGUUUCACCCUUUUGAAUGUCAUUAAACCUGCUGACAACGCUCAUCGGUCUCCAGAGUCGUGACGUAAGAAAGGUGUUAAACAGCCCUUGCAUCAGACAUGCACCCCUAACGGCACAAUAUGUAUGUAUAUAUAUAUGUAUCCAGGACCAGGAGGCGUGUGGGUCGGAUCACAGCUGACUCUUCUCACCCUGGACACACACUAUUCUCCCCUCUCCCCUCAGGCAGGAGACUACGCUCCAUCCAGACCCACACCUCCCGCCACCUGAACAGUUUUUUCCCCUCGGCCAUCAGGCAAAUGAACAAGAACUCCUAACAGCAGCUCCUUGAAUUCCUUUAAUCCCUUCUAAGUCUAUCUGAUAGCUCAGUCACAGCUCUUUUUAUACCAAAUAUGUGUUAUAUGUGUUUUAUGUCGCACGUUUGC